AUGGGGAACCUUCCACGUGCGCGUUUGGACCACGUAAAGGCCUUUAAUAAAACCGGCGUAGACUUUGCAGGUCCUUUUAAUGUGAAGGCCGCACUGUUACGAAAACUUCGCAUAACAAAAGCAUAUUUGUGCGUCUUUGUGUGCAUGUCAACCACCGCAGUGCAUUUGGAACUCGCAUCGGACCUUUCUACACCGACGUUCAUGGCAGCUCUAGAUCGGUUUCUUGCACGUCGAGGGCAAUGUUCGGACAUGCAUAGUGACUGUGGCACGAACUUUACUGGUACUCAACGGUAUCUGAGUGAAGUUCAUGACAUCAUCAGUUCGCAGUCCUACACGCGUCAUGUAACUGAGAAGCAGAUAACAUGGCAUUUUAAUCCACCAUCAGCCCCUCACAUGGGUGGAAUGUGGGAAGCAGCUGUUAAGUCGGCGAAAACAUUGUUGAAAAGAGUCAUACAAGAUCAAAUACUAACAUACGAAGAGCUGAACACCCAUUUUGCAUCGAGUAGAAGCGUCUCUAAACUCACGACCCCAUCGGUGCAUUAUCGUCAGACCCCAAUGAUUACACGCCGUUAA